UCCUGUGGUUAUGGAGAUCACGGAGCUAGCAUUCUUCCUGUGCUAUACUCCCUGUUUUUUGUGGUGGGCUUUCUGGGUAACAUACUGGUGAUCUGGGUGGUUUUGAUGGGUGUGAAGCUGAGAAGUAUGACUGACAUCUGUCUGCUGAACCUGGCUAUUGCUGACCUGCUCUUGGUCUGCUCCCUCCCCUUCCUGGCACACUAUGCCAGAGACCAGUGGAUCUUUGGAGAUUUUAUGUGCACUGUGGUCCUCAGUUUCUACCACAUUGGAUUCUAUAGUGGGAUAUUCUUUAUUGUACUGAUGAGUGUUGAUAGGUACUUAGCUGUAGUUCAUGCUGUGUUUGCCCUGAGAGUCAGAACAAGGAGAUAUGGGAUCUUAGCCAGUGUGGUCAUAUGGAUUAUUGCAGUUUCUGCAUCCUUUCCUGAGUUGAUACAACUCAAAACCACAGAUCACAACAAAACUAAAAUAUGCAUGUCUUAUCAAGCAAAUAAUCAAGAGUCUUAUCAUACCGCAAAGGUAACUGGUAUCUUUAAAAUGAACAUCAUUGGUUUAUUUCUUCCACUUUUCGUGAUUGGAUAUUGCUACUCGAUGAUCUUAAAGAGACUCCUGACAGCCCGCUCUUCCAGGAGGCAGGCCAUGCGUCUUGUCAUCACAGUGAUGGUGGUCUUCUUUUUCUGUUGGGCUCCAUACAAUAUUGCCGCUUUUGUAAAAGCUUUAGAGAUUAAGCAACUUUUAACUUCAUCUUGUGAGAGCAGUAAGGCAAUCAGUCUAAGUCUGCAGAUCACAGAAGCUUUGGCUUACUCACACAGCUGUGUGAAUCCCUUUAUUUAUGUGUUUGUGGGAGAGAAAUUUAGGAAGCAACUUUUUAGGCUCCUGAAUAAGACACCAUUCAGUAGACUGCAGUUUAUGAAGAGUUACAUUAUACAAGCCACAGGAUCUGUUUACUCACAGACCACUAGUGUGGAAGAGAGAUCAGCUACAGCUGUCUGAACAUAAUAUUAUUUAGAAUAGAGAAUACAGACAACAAUAAAUAAAUAAGUACAUAAACAAACAAUCAAUCAAUUAAUAAAUACAUAUAGGAUUUACUUGCAUUGAGAAGAAACCCCUAAUGCAUUUACUGACAAAUGUUUG